AUGGAGGAUGCCAGCUCCGCCGCAACGGGCACCCUACUCCCGUGGGUCCGCCAGAAGGCGUCGACGAGGUACACCUGGCUGGAGUGGAUCGUGAACGGUAACCUCCCACUCUCAUUCGUUGAAAUGGAGUCUACUCGCAGGUACACUAAACUGCCCCCAGUUUCGACCAAGACUCUGCGAGAGAACAUGGAGAGCCUCACGAAGGCGGUCGAGGUGCACGUGGGCAACGAGAUGCCCGACAAGUUCGGGCUGAUGCUGGACGGGUGGACACACGGGUCCGAGCACUACCUUGCCGUCUUCGGCUGCUACGAGACGCGCGCCGGCCCCAGCAUUAUCGGCAUUCCUGCUAUUUUUUUUGAUAAAGAACUGUCUAACUGCAUAUUUUUGGUUGGCGACAACUGCGCUGUCAACAUGCGGCUUGCUCGCCUCAUGGGCGUGCCGCUUGUUGGCUGCGCUAGCCAUCGUUUGAACCUCGCAGUCCGGACACAACUGGACCCACACGAAAAGGAUCUCGAGCAAGUCCAGUCGCUGAUGAAGCGCCUGAGGACACUGACCCAAGCGGCCAAGUUGAGACUGAAGACGCCUCUCCGCCCUAAACUACGUCAGCAAACGCGCUGGGGGUCGACCUAUGCGAUGCUAGCGCGCUACUUUGAGCUGCGCGAGUUUAUUAACGUGAAUGAUGAAGAGCUUGUCGAGCUGAUGCCGUCGCCGGCCGCCAACCGCAGGCUAAAAGCUCUGCUGAACGAAAUGAGCGAUGUCGAGUCAAUCUCAAAAAAACUACAAUCGGAGGGCUUAAAUCUUCUGGACGCCCGCGACCUUCUUGACGGGCUGCUUGAGAUCAAGCCAAGUUUUACGAACUAUAUCGCGCCCACAGCAGACAUCGUGCACUCACCUGAUUUUGAAUCUGGUGUUGUGAAGGUCCUUGGAGGACAUGAAAGCGACUUGUCGCGGGCUGAGAAAGAGGCCCUAAGGCCCUUUCGUCAGAUGACCAGUAGGAGCAGGAGCCCAGAAGAGGACCCGACCAAGCUGGGCUUCGCAGACAGAAUUCUCAAACGCAGAAAGGUGCAAGCGGAAACAAGUGCGUAUGUGAUGCUGUCAGCCAUACCACCUACGUCGAACAAGGUGGAACGGCUGUUCAGCAUGGCUCGCAUGAUAAUGCGAUACGAACGGAACCGACUGUCACCGCUGAUGUUGGAGAUGUUGCUGUUUCUGAAGAUUAACAGCAGCUACUGGGACGUCACUACCGUUGACGCAGUGAUCUAG